AUGCGUCGCGUGCUGUUACUGCUCGUGAGGUCGUCACCCCUAAGGGCACAACUUCGACAAGGUCCUGAUCCUGAUGCCAGUCAGAACUCGCCUCUCUUUGACGGCGUCAUCGAACCAUGUACAGCGUUACUUGACGUUGUCGCUCAACUUGAUCCCGAAGUCGACCAACUUGUAUGUAAUGGCCCGGAGCCCGUACGUCAGUACCUCAUUCCACAACUAGUUCGUGAAGAACUGGACAUUCCACAGAUACUACUCAGAUAUUAUGAUCUGAGUAAAGUUAGCCCAUUCGAGUCCGCAUCUGAUGAGUUUGACUUGGAGGCUCGUCAGAUGACGUCACGACUCGAAACGUUGAGUGAAGGUGUGUUUUUCUCUCGAUUUUCCACGUUCUUCAUCUUUCAUCAUUACUUUAUGGUAAUAUGA